AUGAGUUCUUUUGCCGGAAAGCGCAAGGCCAAGGUCAUCAAGGUCGCCGACGAGGACGACACGGCUGAGAGCGUGUCCGCUCCUAGCGGCGACACAGGCUCCAGCGAUGAACCUUCCAAGCCCGUAUUUGGCGCAAAAGCCGGCCGAAAACCAUUCAGACAAUCGGGGUUGAGGAAGAGCUUCAAUCCAGCCGAGGCCGAGAGCCUUCGAGACGACAACAAUGACGAGGAUGAUGGCCCAGUGGUGGUUCGACCAGCCAUCAGCCGUUCAGGUUCGCUGAAGCAGAAAAAGAAGCCAAAGAAAGCUUCGCGACUAUCAUUCGGCGGAGACGAUGGAGCUGCGGGCGACGAGGACGCCGCCGAGGUGUUCACGCCUAAGAAGGGACCCUUGGGACGCGCACUUGAGAAUAGUGCCAUCAAGAGAGGUCUAGGCACAAAGGGACUACCUAUGCGAACACUCGGGGAUGACGACGAUCGACCAAAGUACAGCAAGGAAUAUCUCUACGAACUACAGUCAUCCACGCCGAACACACCCCAGAACGUUUCCACCCUACCGCCCGACGACACCGACAUGAUGGAUCUCGAUGCCUCCGAGCUCGAAGGCGCUGUAAUAGUCGAGUCUUCGGACUUUAAUCAACCUCAGGCGACGACGAUCCUAUCCGAGGCUGAGAUCAGGGAGAAGAAGGAACGACGAGCACGUUUGGCAAAGGAAAAGGACUUUUUGUCUGUCGAAGAUGAUGAGGAUCCGUUUGGAAAAAAGAAGAAGGACGACACUCGCUUGAUAGCAGAGGACGAAGACCUAGGCGAGGGUUUCGACAACUAUGUCGAAGAUGGGGGUCUUUCUUUGGGCAAGCGAGCCGAGAAAGAGAGGCGCAAACAUGACCGACAGAAGAUGGCUGAACUCAUCAACGCAGCCGAAGGACAUACUUCGGACUCGUCGUCUGAUAGCGACGCAGAACGUCGGAUCGCGUAUGAAGCUGCUCAGACACGUGCGGGAAUGGACGGUCUAAAGAAGCCCCGGAAGGACCCUGCCCAGGAGAUCCUUCAAGUACCGCCCAAGAUCGCGCCUCUUCCAAGCCUAACAGAGUGUCUGGCUCGUUUGCAGACAACACUCAAGGGCAUGGAAGAGGAUAUGAAGGGUAAACAGGCACGAGUGGAAAAGCUCAAGAGGGAACGAGAAGAAAUUGUGAAAAGAGAAGGAGAAGUCCAGGCGUUACUAGAUGAUACAGGUCGGAAAUACCAGGAGGCGAUGGGACAAGGGAAGGUGACUGAUGCUCCGGCAAAUGGGCCCCCGGAGUUGGCGGGAGCGAGGGGCCUAGAAACUCUAGGGACGCCAUCACGGAAGCCCGAAGAGGAGGAGGGUUGA